CCAGACCGCCAGGGACACAGGAUGGCAGCGCGAUCAGCAGGAGUAUCUAACGGGACAUGCGGACGGACUUAAAUCUAUUACAUUUCUGACUGCUGUUUCUUUCUCCACCUCACUCUCCCCCAUCUCCCUAACUUUCGGCAGGUAGCCUACCGAUUUAAGAGUGUUGGGCCAGUAAUCGAAAGGUCGCUGGUUUGAAUCCCAGAUCCGGCAAGGUGGUAAAAUCUGCCCUCCAGCAACCCUCAACAACAACUGCUCUCAGGCUGCCGUGGACAUUAAGGCAGCCCCCCACCUCUCUGAUUCAGAGGGGUUGUGUUAAAUGCAGAAGACACAUUUCAGUUGAAUGCAUUGUUGUGCAACUGACUAGUGUGAGGUGUCACCAUGCCUCUGGUGAAGAGGAACAUUGACCCGCGCCACCUGUGCCGGGGGGCGUUACCAGACGGCGUUGGCAGUGAGCUGGACUGUGUGAUGAACAACACCCUCUCCUCCAUCAUCCGCCAGCUCAGCAGCCUGAGUGAACAUGCGGAGGACAUCUUCGGAGAGCUGUUCAACGAGGCCAACACAUUCUACCUGAGAGCCAACUCCCUGCAGGACCGCAUCGACCGUCUGGCUGUCAAGGUCACCCAGCUGGACUCCACUGUGGAGGAAGUCUCUCUGCAGGACAUUAACAUGAAGAAGGCAUUUAAGAGCAGUACUGCCCAGGACCAGCAGGUGGUGUCCACGAGGAGCGUUCCCAUUCCUGUCAAGGAGAUGUACAACCUGAGUGAUAAACCUCCACCUCUCAACAUCCUUUCCAAAUAUAGGGAUGACCACAAGGAGGGGCUGAAGUUCUACACUGACCCCUCCUACUUCUUCGACCUGUGGAGAGAAACAAUGCUGCAGGACACAGAGGACAAGAGGAAGGAGAAGAGGAAGAACAAAGAGCAGAAGCGUUGUGUGGACGGAACGUUGCAAAGGGAGGUGAAGAAGGUGCGUAAGGCUCGGAACCGUCGUCAGGAGUGGAAUAUGUUGGCCCUGGAUAAGGAGCUGAGGCCAGACCACCGCCACACACACUCGCUCCACCAGGGGCCCACCUCCGAGGGAUCACUGUCCCCUGAGAUGAGGGGUCUUGGGCCUGAUCACAUGGACCAACACCACUACCCUAACUCAACCAGCCAUGCUGGUCAUGCCUUCACAUACUCCGGCCCACCCCCGAGUCUCCUGGCUGCUCAGCUGGCUGCCCAGGGACAUGCCACUCUGGACAAGGACUAUAGGGGAGCCUCCCUGGGUCGCCCCCACGAUGCUCCACCCCCUCCCCCACCCACUGAGAACAUGAACGGAUCUCUGCCACCUGUGGACUACAGUAUGAUGGAGGGAUAUGGAAACGGCCCUCCUCCCACACCUCUCAUGCCAUCAGCACAAUCUGCCUUUGCCAUGCCCCCCGGAGGACCACUUCCUCCUCCAGGACCAGUGGGAUCAGCCGGUGGCUAUGCUCCGACCCCACCACCACUCACUGGGUCCCUGGUGACUCCACCUCCCCCUAUACCUCCGCCCCCUCCUCCAGGCUCCUCCUACUCUACCACUCCCAAGAUGUCCUCCGUGCCCCACAUUGCCCAGCCUGUUAAUGAUGCUCGUAGUGAUCUGCUGGCUGCCAUACGCAUGGGUAUCCAUUUGAAGAAGGGACAGGAGCAGCAGGAGCAGCAGGCUAAGAGGGAGCCUGUAGGGAACGAUGUGGCCACCAUCCUGUCCAGACGCAUCGCCGUUGAGUACUCUGACUCCGAGGACGACUCCGAGUUGGAGGAGAACGACUGGUCUGACUAACACACACAGACACUCUCACUCUAAAUCUGAAAGGCACAUACACAUGUGCACGCUCACAUCCACAAACUAAGAACCACUAAAAGGUAUUUGUACCAACACAUAAACAUAAGCUAACAUUCACAUACACAGACUCAUACACUCCCUCGUGUAGUAGGUAUGUUUGUACAGUAUAUAAACUGGUUGAUCCUUGGUCACAUGUAGCACUGCUGGGAGAUCAGACUCCUGCAUCAGCCGCUGAAGGAUUCAGAACUGGAACAAUAGGGGUGAAUUCAAGAUGCAUACUGUCAUGUUCAGCUGCUAUACAGACACUAACUGCAAACGAACGUUCAAUUCAGUACUAUUACAUUAACAUUUAAGAACGCUCAUGCAACGCUCUGGGCAUCUUGAAUACACCCCAGGAGACCACAGUGUCUCUGUAUCAUAUGUUAUCCAUAAUAACACUAGUAAAGCCCUGUAUGUCGUGGCACCCAACGAAUGGGAACUUAUCUCAUGUAUGGGAACUAUCUUAAGGGCGUCACUUGGAGAAAUAGCAACCUCCCCUUGGACAGAAAAUCUACUUCUCUUUUCUAAUGUUUUUACUUUAACACUUAUUAAUAGUUAAUCUGGGAAGCGACAAGCUUUUAAUGUGUAGAUUAUAGCAACUGGAGGAAGAGAAGUCAGAGUGGACUGCGGUGGUCAGGGUAGCGUUCAGGAGGAACAAAUAGGAGACAAUGUUUUUAAAGCAUUUCCCAACUGUGUUCCUUCUGAACAAUACCGGUGUGAGAGGGAUUGACUUGAGUGUGAGGCUGUAUUCCAUCAACCGCACUAACAAUGUAGACCAGAUACAUAUAUGUUUAGAGUUAGGCCAAUGCGGCUUCUCUCUGAACGUUCAUAGAGCGCCACUUUCUCCUCAAUAGCCGUUGCUAAGUGAUAAUUAAAGCUUCCACGUUGUGCUGUUUACUGCUGAUAGUUUUCAGUGAAAGCAGAUGUGCAAUUUGUUGACUUGGAUACACAUUAUCCCCAAUGCUAAUCAAUAAAAAUGUCUGUUCUGUUUUGCUUGAUUACAGCGGGUCAUUUCAUAGGGAAUUGUCAGAGGCGCUCUCGUAUUGUUACAUCACAACAAUUCAUUAAUAAAGUUCUAUAUGGGCGCUAACAUGGGGGCUGUUGUAAAACCUGGCCUAACUCUCUAUAUAUGUGACUGAUGUAGACUAUUGACUGGGCAUCCUCCUAAGUGGUACUCAAGAAUGGAUAAUGAAACGCAGCUGGAGUGUGUGUUAAGAGCGUCUGAUUGGAGAUCAGAGAGAUCUGAGUGAAAGGAAGCUUAAUGAAUAACAUCUGAGUCUAUGAUCGCUUAGUGAUGUCUAGCAACGAUUUGGAAGCUGAAAAAUAGAUUGGAUUGGGUUUAGGGUUGUCAUGGUUACAUUUUGUAAAAUCUGCAACCUUUGAACUCUGACCUUGAGAAUAAAUCUGAAAAUGGAUAUUUA